GCGGGAAGCGUACACAGAGCGGAGGCAGCCAUGGGACAGGACUAUUACUCGGUGCUGGAGAUCACGCACAGCGCGGGGGACACCGACAUCAAAAAGGCAUACCGGAAACUGGCCUUGAAGUUCCACCCGUUAAAGAAUAAAGAACCGGCAGCUCCUCACCGAUUCCGGCAGAUUGCCGAAGCUUACGACGUGCUGAGUGACCACAGAAAAAAAGCCACCUACGAUAAGUUCGGAGAGGAGGGUCUAAAAGGCGGAAUCCCCUCUGAAUUCGGUGGAGAGGAUGCCUGGACCGGCGGUUACGUCUUCCACGGGAACCCCGAGAGGACGUUCAGGGAGUUCUUUGGAGGAGACAAUCCAUUUGCAGAUUUCUUCACGCCGGAGGGCAGAGAAGUGAAUACGGGCUUCGGGGGGCUUCGAGGGCGAGGCGUGAAAGUGCAGGACCCUCCGGUUGAGAGAGAUCUGUAUCUGUCUCUGGAGGACUUGUUCUUCGGCUGCACCAAGAAGAUCAAAAUCACCCGCAGGGUGAUGAAUGAGGACGGUCAUACCUCCAGCAUCAGAGACAAGAUCCUGUCGAUCGACGUCCAUCCUGGAUGGAGCCAGGGGACGAAAAUUACUUUUCCAAAGGAAGGGGACCAGGGCCCCAACAUCAUCCCGGCCGACAUCAUCUUCAUUGUGAAAGAAAAACCUCACCCACGAUUUAAAAGACAGGGGGACGAUUUAAUCUACACAGCAAACAUCGAUCUGGGGAGGGCGCUGACCGGCUGCACGGUGGAAAUAAAUACGCUGGAUGAGCGGAUCCUGAAUAUCCCCGUCAACGACAUCGUUCACCCGAAAUACAGCAAGGUGGUCCCCGGAGAAGGAAUGAGGCUCGCCACGGACCACAACCUGAAAGGCGACCUUAUUAUCCAGUUCGAUAUCCGCUUCCCGGAGCACCUGACGCCGCACAAGAAGCAGCUACUUCGUAAGGCGCUGCUCGCAUAGACCCCGGCUGCUGUGUAAGACCCCCUAUAAUGUAUGUCUGUAGUAAUAAAUUAUUGCCAAAG